AUGUCCGUCGCCUCUCCCUCUUAUCCCGUAGUCGCCCCUCCCUCCUACCCUGCCGUCCCAAUUCCCUCCCAUCCCGCCGCCACCUCUCACCCUGUCAUCGCCUCUCACUCCCACCCCCCUGUCGCCUCUCCCUCACUCCCCGCCAUCGCCACUCCCUCCUAUCCCGCCAUCUCCACUACCUCCCACCCCGCCGUCGCCACUCCCUCUUAUCCCGCCUCCGUCUCUUCUCCCAUCCGGCCGCCGCCUCUCCCUCCUCCCCGCCGUCGCCUCUCCCUCCUCCCCGCCGUCGCCUUUCCUUUCUCCCCGCCGUCGCCUCUCCCUCCUCCCCGCCGUCGCCUCUCCCUCCUCCCCGCCGUCGCCUCUCCCUCCUCCCCGCCGUCGCCUCUCCUUUCCUCCCCGCCGUCGCCUCUCCCUCCUCCCCGCCGUCGCCUCUCCUUUCCUCCCCGCCGUCGCCUCUCCCUCCUCCCCGCCGUCGCCUCUCCCUCCUCCGCGCCGUCGCCUCCUUCACUCCUCGUCGUCGCCUCUUUUCCCCUCCCCGCCGUCGCCUCUCCCUCCUCCCCGCCGUCGCCUCCGGCGGCAGUUUUUGUGUAG